AUGAUAAUGUCCACAAAUGUAGUAGAGAAAAUUCCGAAUACCGAACCCUCGGCACAAGAAGUUAUUGCAUCGAACGCAUUAAAGAAUGCUAAAGCACUGAAACGGCUUACGAAGGAACGAGAUAAGCCGGCCAAAAAGAUAUUCCCCUACGGUAACUACAACCGUUACUACGGAUACCGUAACCAUAAUGCAACUCCGGCGGAUGAUCCUCGCCUGCAAGCGUUUGUUAAGCGGCGCGAGCUGUUCGAAUCGAAGCGCGUUCUCGACAUUGGCUGUAACAAUGGUGCACUUACAGUGCAGAUAGCUUUAGCCUGCCAACCUGCUUCGAUCGUUGGCAUCGACAUUGACGGUGAUCUCGUUAGGGAUGCGCGUAAACACUGGAAAACAACACUAAUCACCGACAGUAAGAAGGAAUCUGGUAGUGGACAUAAAAAAAGUUUCGAUCUGGUAGAAUUUCAACGGGCCAACUAUAUCUACGAUGAUCCAACACUGCUUGAGCUAGAAAAACCACAGUUCGAUGUGAUUCUGUGCCUUUCGGUGACCAAAUGGAUGCAGCUAAACUUCGGCGAUGAGGGCUUGCAACUGGCAUUCAAGCGUAUGUAUCGACAGCUACAUCCGUACGGAGUGCUUAUACUCGAAGCACAGCCAUGGAGUAGCUACAAACGGCGCAAGAAGCUAACCGACACGAUAGCGCAGAAUUUUCGCAACAUAAAACUCCAACCGUCGAUGUUUAAGCAGUACCUGCUGAGCGAUGAGGUUGGCUUUCGCGAGUGUACUGAUAUUCCGGUUCUACAACAGCGGUGUGCGUUAGGCUUCCAAAGACCAAUACAAAUGUACAAGAAAUAA